AUGGAAUCGGUUCCGCAAUCUCUCUCCGGAUCAUCGCAUCCAAGCGCUUUGGGUUCACCCACCUUGAUCAACACAUCUUCCAACCCGAAUCAUACUGGCAUCAGUGCGAACGAGCAUUCUCAAAGGGAGCGCCGCCAUGAAGAACAGCCUCCAUCCUUCAACAACCUCGGCAAUCGUCCCGACACCGAGGACCAGAUUCCCAGCAAUCGGACUCCGCAUCGAAAUAGUCGGCAAUCAAGGCGACUUACAUUGCAUCGCUCAGCGGCCAACGGUAUAGCAUCCACAUUUGCGACAAGAAGCUCGUAUAUCCAAAUCGAUCCGCAGUCGACGACAGAAGGAACCCAGUUGAGCGAUAGAUCGGGGCUAGGGUCGCAUACCGAAUCGCAGCGGCAUGCGUCGGCGCACCGCAGUUAUCGUCCGCGGUCUUGCACAUCAUUGCUUAAAGAGAAAGGACCCAGGAGAAAGUUCAUUACAUUAAUCACAUCUGCCGUCUUCCUUAUCUUUAUCCUCGCUCUAUAUCUCGCAUUUGCUGUUUCCCAUUCGAACCUGGGCCGAGAACUGCAUAUUCUUUUGGUUUUCAUGAUUUUGAUCCUCGCCAUUGUUCUAUGCCAUUCUUUGAUCCGCUUUAUCAUGGUAGUCUUACGAGAUCCGAGAACGCUCGCUACCAAUCGCAUCCCGAGUCGAUCGGGGCCUACUGGCUACGCGCAGCCGGAGCGUCCUAUUCCUGUUGUCCUUGCCAACGACGAGGAGGCUUUGGCCGAAAGCCAGGGCCCUAGUCGGGAAAAGGUUACCGUACCUCCUCCAGCAUAUGGUCUCUGGAGAAGCAGCGUGAGAAUCAAUCCCGACCUACUAUAUUGGCAAAAAGUGAACCAAGAAGCGCAUCCGAUGUCAAAGCGCAUGAGUCGAUCGGAGCAACCCUCCAACGCCAAAACUACGACGCCACGGCCGCCUAGCUAUACAUCUGACAAUGGCAUUGACUAUGUCGUUGAAGCACAACCGCGGUCGUUCUCCCAUUGGAACAUUCCUGAAGAGCCUGAGCAUCGUUAA